GAGGACCCGCCCCUCGGCGUGAAGCUCACGCUCGUCGACCGCCACACGAACUCCGUCGUCUUCUCGAAGAUCGUGUCGAGCCACAAGGGCGAGGAGUCGAUGGCGACGGUGUCCGAGGCGAACCACGACCUCUGCGUCAAGCCCGUCACGAACAAGCUCGAGGCCGAGUUCCGCUUCGAGCUCGAGGUCGAGCGCGGCCACGGCGACAAGUACUACAGCGAGAUGGCGUCCGAGAACCACAUGGACCGGCUCCAGGUCGAGGUCGUCAAGCUCAACGACGAGCUCGCGGAGAUCCUCAACGAGGCCGACUACAUGAAGGAGAAGGAGGUCAAGUUCCACAAGAAGGCCGAGCGCAUCAACCUCGCGGCCAUCUGGUGGCCCAUCCUCCAGAUCGCCAUCCUCGUCCUCACGGCGACCUUCCAGGUCCACAACCUCAAGGGCUUCUUC